GCAGUCAGUGGCCCUGCUCACCGCGAGGUGCUCACGAGAGUCAGGGAGAGGACAGGAGUGAAGGACAGCGAGUUAUCACCAACCAAGCGGGCAGGAGAGAGUUACACCGCUUCUUAUUCCAGAGAAUCAAUUCAUUCAGCUGCGGCUUCACUGAAGAAGGAAACCUUACCAGAAUUGAGGUCUGUGUUAUGACCAAGGGUGGUGAGGAAGAUGUCCACACUUAAUAAUUAUGAAGAAAGGUUCUUCCUGCACGUACCAACCUUGCUGAUGGACUUGAGCAGGAAUCAACCCGACAGCCGACUUUGGAAAGACACCAGGAAGAAAACAAGAGUACAGCACAAUUACUUGGAGUGCCUGGAUGGAGCAGCCCACAGCUACUGGAGUGGAAGUGUGAAACUGGAGGGUGGCCUCUUUUCAGCCAACCAGACCUUGGUGGGGCAGCAUGCUGUGAAGAGGAAGAAGGGACCUGCUCCGAAGAUGCUGGGAAACGAGGUGUGCAGCGUGUGUGGGGACAAAGCCUCUGGCUUCCACUACAACGUGCUCAGCUGUGAGGGCUGCAAGGGAUUCUUUCGGCGGAGUGUCAUCAAGGGCGCGCAGUAUUCUUGCAAGAAUGGUGGCAAGUGUGAAAUGGACCUCUACAUGAGGAGAAAGUGCCAAGAUUGUCGGCUCCGGAAGUGUCGGCAGGCGGGCAUGUUGGAGCAAUGUGUUCUGUCAGAAGAACAGAUUCGACGGAAGAAGAUGAAGAAGCUGGAGGAAGAAGUGAUGAAAGCGGUGAAGGUGACCCCAAGGUCCCUGGCUGGCUGGGACAUUCCCAAACUCAACAUGGCUCAAGUUGAGAUGAUCAGAAGACUGGUCACCGCACAGCAACAGUGCAACAAGCGAUCCUUCAGUGACCAAUUGCAAGUGACCCCUUGGCCGCAGAGCAUUGACCCUCACAAUCGUGAGACAAGACAGCAGAGAUUCGAGCACUUUACAGAACUGGCGAUCAUCUCAGUCCAGGAACUAGUCGACUUUGCGAAACAGGUGCCAGGGUUUUUGGAUCUGACCCGUGAAGAUCAGAUUGCUCUGCUCAAGACUUCAACUAUUGAGAUUAUGUUGCUCGAAACAUCACGAAGGUAUGACCCACAAAUAGAGUGUAUCACCUUUCUGAAAGAUUUCAGUUACAACCGAGAGGACUUUGCCAAGGCAGGACUACAGUUUGAAUUUAUCAAUCCUAUCUUCGAAUUUUCGAAGUGUAUGAAUGACCUGCACUUGGAUGAUGCUGAAUACGCUCUGCUAAUUGCCAUAAAUCUCUUCUCAGCAGACCGUCCAGACGUUAAUGACCAUGAGCUGGUGGAAAGGCUGCAGCAGCCGUAUGUUGAGGCUCUCCGCUCCUACACACGGAUGAAAAGACCGGAUGAUCGCUUGAUGUUCCCACGAAUGCUGAUGAAACUGGUUUGCCUGCGGACUCUGAGCAGUGUCCAUUCAGAGCAAGUCUUUGCACUACGGUUACAGGAUAAAAAAUUGCCACCUCUCCUGUCAGAAAUCUGGGACAUGCAGGAAUGACAGUGGGACUGAUGAUGCAUGGCCCACCUCAGCCGGCCAGGGAAGGGGUGGGGUAAUGAGUUAGCUCACAGGAGAGAGUACAGAUGCAACAACCUUAUAGCGUCGAGGGAUGCUUUCAAAAGAUUUUUAAAUAUUGGAUGUAGAACGUUCCAUUUUGCUAUGCUUUGGUAUAAACUUGUUAAAUGAUUGGUCUAUUUUUACAUUAACCAAGCAGGCUAGUGUUUUUCUGGGAUCAGCAGGAAAGGACCAUGGAAUCAGUUGUUCUGUCUCUGUGACAGUCAGGUAACCAAGACUGGGUUAGGAAAUGCUCUUUAUUCAUCACAGGGAAAUCAGGUGAUUAACAAUUGUGACAGGGUACACCAUACCAGAAGCCAGCAUCAUUGUACUAACACACUCAAAGCAAACUAUUAACUCCUGCAUGAUGAUAUCCAUUUAACAUCUGUAAUUCAAUCCAGGCUGGUAUUUACCUCAUGUCACUCUUGGACUGUUUUUGUGGAACCAGUCACCUUUGGACACCAAUCCAUUUACUGUCACAGACUGACUGAAUCAGAAACAUGUGGCACACAACUGGCUCCUUACAUUGUAUGAUUGGUGUAUAUUUACACUACCUAAUACAGGAACACUUGCAGUCUGCCACUAUUAUAUACUUAGAGUGAGUUAUUUCUAGACAGAUCUUUAUUACACUAUUACUCUGUUGUCUAUUCACACUCCUUCUCUCCGAGGCUCCAGUUCAUUCACUCUGUCUGUUUGUCAGACUGGCUCCUCUUCUGAUCCCUUACUGGGUUCCAUCCCUUCCCCAGCCCUUUCACCGACUGAUCACCGCUCACAAGUGGGGUUCAUUCCUCCCUAGCUGAAGAUCACUGGUGAUGAGAACUGUCUCAACGUGACCAGACACUUAAGUCAUUGUCCGCAAGUGCAGUUCACAGAUUUGAUGUUCUACCUUCUGGUUCACCAGACUAUUUGCUGAAUUAACAGGAAUGGAUGUGGUGGAAUAUCUCCAAUAUCACUGAAGCUGAACACUGUCCAGAACAAACCAAACUGUAUCGUUCCACCCAAAGCCUUAACCCUCCUGCCCUCCACUUUUAAUUCAUUAUGUUUGUAGUGACUCUGUACUGUAGUUUGAGCCUUUAGCAGGUGCAUCUAAAGACAGUGACACAGUGGCGGAGCUGUUACCUCAACUCCAGUAACCCGGGUGCAAUCCUGACCUCUAGUUCUUUCCCUGUGGAGUUUGCAUGUUCUCUGUGUAACCAUUUGGGUUUCUCCUGGCUGCAGGCUUCCCUCCCACAUCCCAGGGAGGUUUUACUGCUUUCUGAAAACUGCACCCAGUGUGUGGAUGAGUGGCAGAAUUUGGAGUUUGUGGGGAAGUUGAUGGGGAGAACAAACAUGUCAGGCUUAAGUUAGUGCACCAAUGAUCAGCAUACUCUUGUUGGGCUGAAGGGCCUGUUUCAUUCAGUCUCAUUCUGUGGAUCCCUGACCAUCACCUGCAUGUCCUCCCCCACCAAUAUUGCACAUCAUCCCUGAAUGUACUCACUUUUUCUGCAUCGAGUUACUCUAAGCACUGUGUCACUGCUGACCAAGCGAGAGUACUUUCACCAUGAACCCUGCUGCCUAACACCAAUACUAGCAACACUCACUUGUUCAUGUAGAGCUUUUAAAUGGCUGCAGUGCCUAAACGGUUUCUGGUAGCUGUUCCAAGAAGAGACGCUCCAUGACUACAAUCCCUCUUCCCUGGACCAGUCUAGGUCACUCUGUCUUCAGUUCAAACACUUCACAUCCUUUAUUUGGAACUAGGUGCAAUGAUGGAGUUAAUGUAGUGUCUUUGAAAGGUUUAGCAUAACUUUCCAACUCUUGUCCAGGAGGUUCUGCCCUGACUGCUGAAAGUCCCCAUCUCCUGACUCUCCUCCCCUCUGGGUCACUACAGGUGCAGAGGGUGGGAGACCCCACCUAUUGCAGUUUGCACAGAUCCUGCCAUAGCGAUGGUCUCUGCUUUUUGGUCCAAUUUUUCCUGAUCGAGCUGAGGGCUCCUUUUGCGACCCCACUCACUCCAUAAACAGGGUGGCUUUGCCUACCUGGAGGAAUGUCCCAUUCAGAACCGUGAGGAGCCUCCCUUUGUCCAUCCCAUGUUUCAGGGAGUUCACAGUGACUCUCAUUCUCACACUGUCAACAUUUGCCAUCUUUCGGGGUGAUUUCUGCCUCCACCCACUGGGUCACAGAGCCCAGUGGAGGAGAGUCAUUGGGAUGUGAUGGAGUGAUGCCCUUGGCUUCUGAUGGGCAGUGGCUGGAUACUCUGCAGUGCUGGCCAGGAGUUCAGUCAGUGUCCGAAUAGUGAUGGGGAGGCUGCUACCCGGGCCAGCUGAGUAGAGACAGAGGAUGAAGUCAGGCACAGUGGACGGCAGAGAAGAGGAUUUUGGCUGGUGUUGGUGAAGGGAGGGACCUCUGGACAUCCUGUCAGGCUAGGAACGGCACCCAGGGAUGGAGUGGGAAUGGGGGAAUGAUGAGUUGCACCCACAACACUGGUAUUGAUAACCCAUCGGGAGCUGACCAUCUCACUCCAGUUCAGCUGCUUUAGGCCGGACCCACCGUCCCCGCUGACAACCGAUUAGGAGGUUGCUGAAAGCUGACUGAUUUCUGGGGCUUUUCCUGUGAGAGGCAGGAAGGCAGUAAACAGGUUGGAGCAAGCAGACAAUGAGAUUUAGAGCUAACUAACUUAGCGUCGAAGAGUGGUACAGCAUGGAACCAGAAUCUUCAGCCCAACCUGCCCAUUCUGACAAAGAUAUUCACCCAAGCUCGUCCCAUUUGCCCAUCUUUGGCCCUCAUCCCUCUAAACUGUUCCUAUUCAUGUACGUGUCCAAAUUCUUUUAAAUGUUAACAUUCCUGCCUCAUCUCCAGCUCAUCCAGAUACCCACCACCCUCUGGGUGAAAAUAUACAAGGAAUAUUUGCUAACAGAACAGUUGUCUGCCUCACGCAGCAGCCAGUCCAAUAUCUAAUCGUUCAUCCAAAUCCAGCAGAUUCAUUAAAGAUCCUUACAGAGGAGUGGUGUGGUGUAUCUCUACAUGUGUGAGCCAUCGAUAAGACAUGACCUGUUCCCGCUAAGCUGUGUGAGUGCACGGCCGCGCCAUAACUGAAAUGCUCCCGUGUAUAUAGUUGUUC